AUGGAGGAGUUAGUGCUGGUUCGCAACCUUCUUUCGUGGCUCUGGUUCUUCGUCAAAUCGGUUUUGAUUUACCCUCUUGUAUCGACUCUGAUACUAAUCAUUACGGUUGCCGCCUACCGUCUAUUCUUCCACCCGUUUUCUUCAGUCCCAGGACCACGGCUCGCAGCAAUCUCAAGCGUGUGGUAUGCAGUACAAAUACGGAAUGGGCAGGCCGCCGCACUUGGAAAAUCUCUGCACAAAAAGUACGGACCUGUCGUACGCGUAGGCCCUUACGAGCUCUGGUUUAAUACCAAAACUGCCUUCAAAGCUAUUUACAGCAAUGGAAGCGGAUUCGAGAAGUCUGAUUUUUACUUGGGCACGACUCUUUCAAAGCCAGUAGUUGAUUGGAAACUACAAGUUCACUCAGUUGACAGUCUAGAUCUGUUGUCUGAAAGAGAUAUGAAGCGAUACCGGAUGCAGAGACGACUUAUUGGCCCAGUUUACCGCCCUGCAAAUGUAGCAAGGCACGAGGCUUCUAUUGACCGAGCUUUAGGCCAAGUCUUGUCGCGCUUUCGAGAGAUGAAUGGUCGCGAAUUCGACCUUAAGGAAUGGGUGCACAUCACUGUUGUCGAAUGCCUCGGAGCAAGUGUUCUAUCCUGGUCUCCAGGCAUGUUGAAAAAGAACACCGACUGGGCCACGAGCACCCACAGCUACCAGGGCUGGAGGCGCAAGGCGGUUUUCGGAAUAUUCCCCAUGGCCGCCAAACUACAACUCCGCUAUAGGUCAUUUGGGAGGAUUUUCGGCAACGCCUGGAACUUGACUUUCCAGCCUCCACCCAACUUUCGGGCAUUCUUCCCAGAUGUGAAUAAGAGAGUGUCUAAGCGGAUAAAGGCAUUUCACCGGGGCGAAAAGGGAUGCCAGGAUCUGGCGGAGGAUUUGAUUCAGCUUCACAGCGACAAGCCUGAGUUUUCGGACUCAUAUCUGCGCAAGAUGAUCAUCACAAACUUCGGUGCUGGGCAUGAGACCAUGGCAUCGACCGUUAUUUCUCUCAUCACAAUGCUUGGCUUGUACCCGAAUGUUUAUGCCCGCCUGGCAAUCGAGCUGAGACAGCACUUUGGAGAUGGCACUGCCUCAUGGGCAAGUGCAUCCAGUUUACCAUAUUUGCAGGCUGUUAUAAAAGAGUCUCAGCGGCUGAACCCAGUCGUCUCAAUGUCCCCUCCACGUAAAGUACCAUCGCCUGGUAUAUGCCUGGACGGUUAUUACAUUCCGGCAGGGGCAACUCUUGGAUGUAACCCGAUCGCGCUUCACCGUAAUGAAGACAUUUGUGGGCCAAAUCCCGACUUAUUCGACCCUGAACGAUGGCUGAAGGAUGAUGGGCGUGCCAAAGAAAUAGAAAUGCACAGCCUUAGUUGGGGCGGAGGCGCUAGGACUUGCCCGGGUCGCCAUUUGGCAGAAAUGAUGGUGUGGAAGAUAGUUGCAGGAAUAGUGAUGGCUUUCGAGAUCGAGGUCAUAGUGCCCCCGGAAAGAGAGAUGCCAGCAUACUUCUUGUCAAUGAUGACGGGGGUCAAGGCACGGCUUCACCCUGUUGAUCAGGGGACAUUUAAUUAG